CGCGCACAGACAUCACGGAAGCGCUGCUGCAGUUUACUAGUUUAAUCUGUCAAACUGUUUGUUGUGCUGGGAUUAUUGAACUGGCUCAGGAUUUCGGGCGCAAUGAUAUUCUUCUGUUCUAAAUGCGAACACCUAAAAUAGUAAAAUGAAGUGUCUACUGGUGGCUAAUGAGAGCGCAGAGGUUUUAUUCUACUGGACUGACAACGAGUUCGAGCAGCGGAUUCAGGCUCAGUAUGUGGUUUCCCAGGAGGAAGGAGAACGACUGCCUGCUUUUGAAGACAGCAUCAACACUCUCUUCGCACCCAUCAUCAUCUCCUGUAGCACCAUGGUGGACCGACUCGGGGACAAUUACACCUCCUUCAACACCGAAAACAAUCAUAUCUAUGUUCUGCAUCAGUUUGAGGAAUGUCUAUACAUCGCUGUGAAUGGAGAUGGAGAUGAGACCGAAGAGGAUUUGAAGAGAAAGAUCUAUGUGAUGAAGAAACUCACAGAAAUAAUGUUUGGGAUGGUGACGCUCAGCGGGGCCCUCUUGAGGAAAGAAUUGCGCCCUCAAGAGACUGAGCAAAGGAACCGGUUAUGGAAGAAGCUACAAAGCCUCCUGGAAACGUACAGCCGGUUGCGAGAGCACGACCAAAGCUUUUUAGUGGAGGCUGUGGAAAGGUUGAUCCACCCGACCCUUUGUGAGCAGUGCAUCGAGUUUCUGGAGCGUCGGCUGGUGCAGCAGAUCAACAGUAACGUGGACAGAGCAGGCGAGGAGGUGCUGCACGCUUUCAUACUGGUGCACACCAAACUGCUGGCCUUCUACUCCAGUCGAAAUGCCAGCAGUCUAAACCCCUCUGAUCUCCUGGCUCUGAUCAUCCUUGUGCAGGAUCUCUACCCCAGCAAAAUCGACCAAGAUGACACUCCUGAGGAGUUAGAGAGCAGUUCAGUUCCUGAUGUAUUCUACACACCAGAGCCCUCUCCUCCUGAACGGGAAUCAGUAGUCCGCCCAAGAGGUGACAGUCCUCCUAUCUUCCAGUUUGUGGAUGCUGAUGUUCAGAUGGCUGAGGACAGUCUGAAAACUCUUGAAGUUCCAACCCCUGACCCCUCAGCCCCAUUCAGAGUAUUCCUGGAAGCCAAAGAGUGUCCCAUGAUGCCUCACUCCAUGUAUUGCCUGUCUCUCUGGCCUGGAAUCACUCUAGUGUUGCUCACCAAGAUCCCCAACAGUCAUAUGGCAAUAUCUAUUUACUACUUUCUGGAAGCCUUUGUGAAGCUGGAGAAGAGGUUGUGUGAGGGGCAUGAAGGGUCCGCGGCCACACGGGGUCAGCCCUCUGUCCAGGAGCAGCGGGGCAGACUGGAGAAGUUAGUCAAAGUCUGGGCCAGCAUGGACAUUCAGACUUCCCAUCUUCAAAAUGUGUGGACAGAUUUUAAGAGCAAGGCCUUCACCAGAUCUGGAUCUGGAUUCACAAGGGAUUUGCUGCCCUCUUGUCGAAACAUGAAGACUCAGUUGUGUAGUGUGUACAGGCAGUUUUUUGCAGCUGAAUGCAUGGGCAGCAGUCAGCGAUUGGCUCCUCAUCUGCAAGAACGCGCUCUGAACAUGGUCCAAGAGAAGUUGAUGGACUGGAAGGAUUUUCUGCUGGUGAAAAGCAAAAGAAAUAUCACAAUGGUGUCAUACCUGGAAGAGUUUCCUGGUCUCGUCCACUUUAUCUACGUGGAUCGUUCAAGUGGUCAAAUGAUAGCGCCUUCGCUAAAUGUGACGGAUCGCACCGUCUCUGAGCUCGGAAAGGGACCUCUAGCUGACUUCAUAAAGAACAAGGUUUGGAGUCUUGUGGCAACAACACGGCGAUACCUACACAAGGGUUACGCCACCGUCACACUCCGAGAUGGAGAUUAUUUCUACUGUUACUUUUUGUGGUUUGAAAAUGAAACGGGCUACAAACUGGAAGUGAUAGAUAUACCCAGUUUCCCAGAUGACACCGCUCCAAUAGGAAUGCUCACCUGUGAUUAUUAUAAGAAACUGCUGCGGUAUUACAGCAAAAGACAUCAGAAUGAAGUGGUGAAGUGUUAUGAACUGCUGACUGUGCAUCUAGGUGUAAUCCCCAAUGAAUAUAUUCUUCAGCACUGCAGUCAGCUGGCCCGCAAGCUGUGGGAGCCCACCCGUAUCCCGCUCCUGUGACCAACACGGUCGGCAGAGUCAGAGGAACAUCAUGCUCCAUGCAGCCGUGCUCUUUCUUCUGUUGCUGCAUGAGCUAUAAUCUAUAUGGAGAGUUUUCUGCACUUUCUGCGCAAAUACUUCUUAUUUCAGUUCAGGUAACUUCACAAAAUAUUGUGCCGGGACACUAAACAUUGCAUCUCUUGUGCUUCUAAUGAACUGAAUGUAGGGUGCAAGUGAACAGUGAGAAACAGACAUUCUUAAGGUGCUCGUAAUACAAAAAUGUGUUAAAAUGUUAUUUGGCAAUUAGUUUUGUGAAACCAGGACCAAAUAUUAU